UAAAACAACGAGCAUGGAUUUCGAAUUAGACAACUAUUUUACCCAUUAUGAAAAUUUGGAGGUGCAUGAAUUAAUGCUUCGCGAUCGUCCUAGGCAGCAGGCAUACAAAAAAGCGAUAGAAUUAAAUGCCAACUUUUUCAAAGAUAAAAUUGUAUUGGAUGUUGGAUGCGGGACAGGAAUUUUGUCCGCGUUCUGUGCGAAAGCUGGAGCAAAGUUAGUGUACGCAGUGGAAGCUUCCAAUCUAGCCGAGAUUGCUUUAAAAGUGAUGGAAGAUAAUGGAUUAACUUCAGUGGUAAAAGUUUUUCAUUCGAAGAUAGAAGAUUUCUGUUUACCAACUUCGAUUGCGAAGGUAGACAUAAUCGUUUCCGAGUGGAUGGGGUUUUAUUUGUUGCAUGAAGGCAUGUUAGAUUCUGUGCUCUUUGCGCGGGAUAAUUUCCUUAAGCCAGAUGGCCUGAUGUUUCCAACCGAGUGUGCCAUAUAUGUAGCGCCUUGUUCGGUGCCAUGUCGUUUCGAUGACUGGAAUAAUGUAGAUGGUGUGUGCCUUAAGUCAUUUAGCUCACAGCUAAGAAAACAAAAUUCCAAUAAACCUGAAAUUUUGCAAAUAUCUCCAGAGCAAUUAUUGCACAGGGGGGCUGUUGCCCAUUGGAUGAAUCUAAUGGAUGUUAAUCGAACAGAUUUGGAUGAAAUAGCAUUUGAAGAGGUAUUGGUAGCGGAGAAGUCAGGAAAACAUCAAGGGUUUUGUAUUUGGUUUGAAUGUCGUUUUCCCAGCGAAAAUUAUGAGGACGCAAUUAUCCUUUCGACGGCCCCCAAUUGUUCCAUAACUCAUUGGAAGCAAUGUGUGGUUGUUCUUCCAGAGAAUGCUUGUCUAGAAAUUGACAAUAACGCACCCAUCUCAUUUAAAAUGUCAAUGAGCCGAAGAUCGGACGAUAUUCGCAAAUACGAUUUGGAAUUUGAGUUACUAGACCCGUAUGCAAUAGAACAUCCUGUACCAUGUGAAUGCUAUAUGACUAAAUGCAUACUUCUCAAGACGCACUUGCAAAAUUUGGAUACACAUUAGUUACAUAAAAAUACGUUACAUUUUUUAUUAAUACACUUGAUAAGUGUAAAUGCUAUCUUCUCAUCCGAAUUGAUCACGUCUGUGCGAUGUCCGCUUUUUCAUCGAUUCUGCAAUUUAUACUAGCAAUUAUCGAUAAAUUGGAAAAGAACCCUUAUAUAAAUCUAAAUAUAUUUUCGGUGGAAACAUAAAGUUAAGGACACAUUUAAUUGACUUAUUAACAGGCUGAAGAAAAUUACUAAAAAUAUGUUUUCUUACAUAUAAUUGCACGAUGAAUAGUUAUUCAUAAAAAUUAAUUUGGAUCAUCAAAUAAAUUUCUUCAUAUACCUUACACCUCAAUAUAGCCAUUACAGAUUCACAGACAACUGCGUCAGCGUUUGAUGCUUGUAUUGAUAUAUUUUGAAUGGAGGCAGGACGCUUAAUUUGGCGAACGAAUUCUCUUUCAAUCCUUUGAUUUUGUAAAUAUAUUUUCCCUAAAUUUUUCCUAAAUUAAACCCAAGUUCUGGAGCCAAAAAGUACGCAAUCAUGUGAUCGAUUUGACGGAUCAACUUUGCUCAAAACUUUUCCACAAAUUUCUGCGUUACUCUCACAAUACAAAUUUGAAUGUUAUAAAAAAACAAAUGAAAUGCUCC